AUGUCCAUGUUCAGGGCAAAGAAGCUCGACCUCGGGUGCUUUACCAACAUCAAGAUCAUCCGGGACCAUUCGAAGCGCAAGGCCUACGAAGCCGCCGAGGCCGAGAGGCAAGCCCUCCGCUACGUCGUCCGCAACACGACCCUCCCCGCCCGCACACGCGCCAUUGCCCAGCUGCAACUCACCCAGAUGCAUUGCUACACGCGCCCGACCCAGAUCCGGAACCGGUGUAUCCUCGGCGGGAAGGGGCGGGGUAUUUUCAGUGAUUUUAAGAUGUCAAGAUACAACUUCCGGUUGCAGGCGCUAGCGGGCAAUUUGCCGGGUGUAAAGAAGGCCAGUUGGUAA